AUCUACCAACUGUCCAAGUCACUGUUGCACAUGCCUCUCCACACAUGCAAGGCGCCAGCGACACGGCGCUCCCUUGCGCCACCGGUUUUGAUUUAGAAGUGGUCGGCGAGGGAAAGGAAGGAAGGACGACUCCCUCCCUCUCUCCAUCUCUACCUCCAAAUCUUCUCCCUUAAAAGGACUCCUCCUCGACCCCAACCUUACCUUAAUUAACCCCUCGGCCUUGGGGCCGAGUAAGGAAAGAGGAGCCCUUCUUAUACUCCGGGGGGCCCCCCCGGGUCCUUCCCCAUCCAAACCCUAAUCUGGGUCGCCAAGUUUUAGGAUAUCACUGACAUGAGCGCGUGGGAGCCGUGGAGGCGAUCUUCGAGGAGGCAGGCAAGGAACGGUACCGGUGCAAAGAUGGUUCUGAAUCUUGAUCUCAAUGUGCCUCCGGUUGAGAGCUGGUUGCCGGAGGGGGCUUCUGGUUCUGCACAUCCUUGUGUCUCGCAGGAAGCUGCUGUUCCUGUCCAUCCUCAGCGCAGUACUCCCACCAGAGAGCAGCAAGGGGUGGUGCCCAUACCCAAUAACCGGUUAAUUAUUGAUGUGGACGCGCUGGAUGAUGAAGUUGAGACAUGGAACUGGGUCAGCAGGAACCAAUCUGUGAUGGUAGUCCUAGAUGAAGAUCUGGAAUCAAAUCCAAUACAAUCAGGGUUCACUAUUGUGGAACCAGCAACCACACUACCCCUCAACAUUCACAACAAGCGUGAAAGGAUUCCGAUAGACAGGACUAUCAUUAAUUGUGAUCUUUAUCCCGACUUAGGAGAAGAAAAUGAUGCCAAGAGGAGGGCUAUCAUGAAACCUGAUCCAGAGCCAGAAAAGGUGGUACCGAAGGAACCCACCUUCACCUGUCCUAUCUGCAUGAGCCCAUUGGUUGAGGCAUCCUCAACUAUUUGCGGUCAUAUUUUCUGUCAAAGCUGCAUCAAGGCCUCUAUUAAGGCCCAGAAGAAGUGCCCGACCUGUCGGAGGAAGCUUACUAUGAAUAACUUUCAUAGGGUGUACCUUCCAACCGCCAACUGAGAUGCCUGUGGGUGGGGUACCAUUCAUUUCUGCUAGGGCUCCUAUGAUACCCUUUUAACUCUAGCCCUUAGGGCAUUCUAUAGUCAUUCUUCUGGAUUUUGGUGACUUUUGAAUGAUAAAUCACAAAAGUUAAUAUGCAAUGUGAUUACAUAUAUGGAUUCAAAUUUAUUGUGCAUUUAGUUUUGUUUGUGCUGUCGUGAAUUGAGGAACCUAAAUUCAUGGCCUU